UUCACAAAACUAAAAAAUCGAUCUCUCUGUCUUCAGUAGUUAUUUUUUACUCUACUCGUUGCAACUGCAAGUGUAUAAAGAACAUUUUCAGCUUUGAGCUACAUAAAAAACAAGUUUCAAAGUCAAAUUGCAACCACUUUGCUAAUGAUUGCUUAGUCGGAUAAAUUAAGAAUUUGAAAACGUGUUGUUAGUGCUUAUGAAAAUAAUGAUGGUGUUCGUCUAGUAUUUCAUUAAUAUCUAUCAAUGAAUUAUUUGGAUACUGUUAGUUUUAAUUAUAUUUAUUAAAUAUUUAUUUAUUUAUUAUACAUUUAUACUAUGGAAAGAGGAUGCAUAUACUUUCAAACUCUGCUUCCGCCACUAAUCGGCAUAAAUAUAUCAACCAUCUGUCAGCUGAUGGAGUAUGCCCCAGUUCAUAAUUCACAACCGUCAGCCAAUUGAGCGAUGAACUCGAGUAUUUCGGAAUGCAGAAGUUCAAUGAAUUUGCAAGCCUCCGAGGGUUAUGAUUCCGAAAUCCACUGUUCCCGCUCCAUAUAAUAUCGCUCCUUCUACAUCAACAGUCUUGGUAUUUUGCUAAAUAAAUCUUGGUAUUAUUACACAGUGGAGGCAACUGAAGAAGGUGGUCACCAUGACAAUACAGCAGGGACAUAGCUAAACCCCAAAAUUGUGAGCCAACAAUGGCGAAAGAGACAGAAAGCAGCCUUCAAACACAGUACACUGAUAAUCUAACCAUUCUCGGUUCCUCCUUCAAACGUUAUCUUCCACUCCCCCACUAUCAGAAUCGAUCCACCACACCCAUCUAAUCUUCGUCACCGAUUUGUACGGCCAUUAACUAUUUGAUUAUAUAUCACCGGAAAAUUAUGUCCCUGUUCGGUACGGCUCGCUGUGGGAAGUAAGUCGGAAACAGAGAGCACACCAUGCAGCAGAUUCGACUCUUGCUUUGCUGCCUAAUUCUCGCCGCCGCCGCCGUCUGCUCCUCCACGCUGCCGCCGCCGGAGUCCGUCAAUAUCGGGGUGGUUCUCUCCUUCCGCUCCAUCAUUGGUAAAGUUUCCAAAAUCGCAAUCCAGGCAGCCGUGGCCGACGUCAACUCCGACCCCACCGUUCUCCCCCGAACCAAGCUGCUGGCAUCGUUGCACGACACCAAUUUCAGCGGAUUCCUCGGCAUCAUUGAAGUACUAAGAUUGAUGGAGACGCAGACGGUGGCGGUAAUCGGCCCACAGUCGUCGGUGACAGCUCACGUGCUGUCGUUCAUCGCCAACGAGCUCCGCGUCCCGAUGCUCUCCUUCUCCGCCACCGACCCGACCCUCAACUCGCUGCAGUUCCCGUUCUUCGUCAUGACCUCUCAGAGCGACCUCUACCAGAUGGCCGCCGUCGCCGACAUCGUGGAGCACUACGGGUGGAGGGAGGUGAUCGCCAUCUACGGCGACGACGACCACGGCAGGAACGGGAUUUCCGCGCUGGGCGACCAGCUGGCAGCCAGGAGAUGCAGGAUCUCGUUCAAGGCGCCGCUGGGCACCAAGGCCACAAGGGAGGAGAUCACCGACGUCCUGGUCCAGGCCGCGAUGGGCGAGUCGCGGAUUCUGCUGGUCCACGUGCCGGAUUACUGGGGGCCGAUGGUGUUCGCCGUCGCCCGGUAUCUGGGCAUGAUGAACCCCGGCUACGUCUGGAUAGCCACCAAUUGGUUCUCCACGAUUCUCGACACCGAGCUCGAUCUUGCUCCCGAGGCUGUGGAGGAUGUACAGGGAGUGCUCACGCUGCGGAUGCACACACCGGAUUCGGAGCUCAAAGCCGAGUUCGUGAACAGGUGGGCUAACUUGACCGGCGGAGCCAUGGGGCUCAGUGCUUAUGGGCUGUACGCUUACGACACCGUGUGGAUCCUGGCCCGAGCACUGGACGCGUUCUUCGCCCAAGGGGGGAAUAUCAGUUUUUCAGAGGAUUCCAGGUUCGAUUACGUUUUCUUUAUGCCCGCUAGGUGCUUGAUAUAAUGUCCGUCGCCCGUCGGAGAAGUAGAGCCGCUAAGAUCCGGUGAUUAAGUGAAAAAACUUAUUUAUUUCUUAAAAUUUUGGGUAUGCCUACUAUGACAUGCAUGUCACGGUGACAUGUACUUUUCGGUCGACCUAUUCCUGAAGGUGGUCGACCGAAUUGACUAAUUUGGGCAGUACGAGAAAGCAUUGUGGUCGACCUCAACGACCACCUGGUUGACCGCACUUAGUUUAAGUUGUUAUUUUUGGUCGACCAGAAUAAAACCUCGGUCGGCCAUUUCGUUGGUGUCAGAAACUACAUGGUCGACCACCUAAGGUAUAUAGGUCGACCACUUGAUGGCAGUCAUUAACAAAAUGGUCGACCGGAUAAGGAAAGAGGUCGACCAGAUGAAGAUAAGUGUUCUAUCAAAGUGUCCAAUCAUUUGACGUAAAAUGAAGAUCAAGUGUUGGUUUCGCGGUCGACCUAAUCCGGUACGAGGUCGGCCGAAUACAAGAAAGUCACCCUAUGCCC